AACACACACUCGGCACCGGCACGGCAGCGGCACUGCCCCUGUCUACAUCAUUCGAGGACGACUCCUUAUCCAAUCCAACCACACCUAACUCAAAUGCUCAGCCUGCUUCACUUUUUAGGAGGACUAGCACCAGUUUUCAUCUAUUUAUUUAUUUAUACAUAGGAUGAUAAGCACAACCGCCACUUUUCCUUUUUUUUUUCCUUCUUUUCUCUUCCUUCUUUGCCGCAAUCAGUACACACAUAGGUACACGCUUCCCAACAACUCUAAAAUCUUCCAUAUCUGCAACUCAAACAAACCUGCUGCAACCACAGAUACAUGUUUCAUGGCUUCCCUUUCAUCAGACAUAGAUUUUUGUUCCCCAAUCUGUAUGCAAAGGAGGUUGAUUAGGCUACUCCUACUCUCCGAGUGAAGGAGGAAAGCACAUAGACAUGGCCCUCAGGACCCUGCACCUUCCAUCCAAACUGGCAAGGCCAAACAGCCACAGCUUCAGUCCAUCGUCCUCGCCUCCUCACCAGCCAAAGCUUCCUCCAGGACCCGGCCCACAACAACAAACAAGAGUUGCCACUGCCACGAAGCAGCAGCAGCAGCAGCUCUGUAAGAGGAGUACACCGUUGCUGAAGGUGAAAUGCAGGGCCAAUCUGCACGACUGCAUGGACGACGAGAUUGUUGACACUCCGAAAGACCAGACCACCGAGAUCCCCAUCGUCGCGUACCCAUCGGUCGUCUUCCCGGGCGCCACGCUCCAGCUGCAGGCGUUCGAGUUCAGGCACCGCAUCAUGAUGCACACCCUGCUCCAGCAGGGCCUCAGGUUCGGGGUCCUCUGCUCGGCGGGCAAGACCGGGACCGGGAGGAUGGCGGACGUGGGGUGCGUCGUCCACGUCGUCGAGUGCGAGAGGCUCACCGACGACCGCUUCUUCCUCACCUGCGUCGGCAAAGACCGCUUCCGGGUCAUCGACAUCGUCAGGACGAAGCCCUACGUUGUUGCAAGGAUCCAGGUGCUGCUGAGUGACCGCCACCACUCUGUGCCACUGCCACAGGGUGACUUGGGUAGCCUGAUGCAGCAGGUGGAACAGCAAGUCAAGAAUGUGGCCAUGCUCUCGGAGAAGCUGAACAGGAAACCGUUGCCGUAUCGUCAGGGCGAUCAGCUCCACAGGCUGCAUACCGCUGCCUCGCUCUCGUUCCUCGUCGCACGCUUGUUCAUCGAUGAUCGCCUGGAGCAGCAGACGCUGCUGCAGAUGGACGACACCGGGCAGCGGCUGGUGCGGGAGGGGAUGUACCUGGAGCGCAGGAGCAAGUACCUGGCGGCCAUAGCAGCGAUCAAGGACGCCUUUCAGCACUUGUCCUGCAACGAGAUGUAGAUUACCGACCUGUAUAUGUACAUUUUGAAGGUGUAGAACUACUGCAGUACUGCUAGAUAAGAAGAGCAAUAAGCAGUCAGGCUAUGUCAUGGUGAUAGAGGGUUCCUUUUGGUAUUGCUUCAGCUGUCAACUUCUGUUGCUGCUGUGUGUGUCUGUAUAAUAAUAGUGUGUACAUUCUUGCAUGGCCUUUCUGUGCCGCCACUUUUUGCUGCUAUUCUAGAUGUGUGUUUCAGAGGGUUUUUCUUUUUUUUUUUCUGAUAAGGGAAGAUUUUAAAAUUCAAGACAGUUACAUUGAGUUGA